GCUUCGUGGCCGCCUCACGUCAACGGCAAUGUCGUGUUGACAUGGUAGCCCAUCAUUUGUCAAGAUGAGUCUCUUGCGCCAAGGCGCCGGUGCCAUCGUCGCCACGGCCAUCGCCGCCGCCGUCGCGCUUCCGACCGGGCUCGGGCUCUACGCUGCAGUGGCCUUUGGCAUCAACUGGACCGUCGUGCUUCUUCAGGCGAUCCCGAUGCAGUCCGAGACGUUCUUUGACCUCACGGGCACGCUCACGUUUGUGAUUGUCUCAGUUGUCGCCUGCGUCGUCCACGCCAACGCCGAGUCGUCACCGGUCGCGCUCGCCCGUGCCACGCUGGCGUCGGGCCUCGUGCUCAUCUGGUCGCUGCGCCUUGGCUUGUUCCUCUUUUUGCGCAUCCACCGCACUGGCACCGACGACCGCUUCGACGUGCUCAAGACCAAGCCAGUCCGGUUCUUCUCGGUCUGGACGCUUCAAGGUCUCUGGGGCUUUGUCACGCUGCUGCCGACGCUGCUCUUGCAUACGUCGGCGGUCGCGCAGUCGGCGUACGUGCAGACCUCGGACGUUGUCGGCAUCACACUCUGGAUCAUCGGGUUUGGCAUUGAAGUGGUUGCCGAUAUGCAAAAGAAUGCGUUCCGGGACGAGUACACUGGCAGUGCCAAGUUUAUCUCGACGGGCCUCUGGCGCUACAGCCGCCAUCCUAAUUACUUCGGCGAAAUUCUGCUCUGGAUCGGCCUGACGCUCUUUUGCGGCGCCCAGCUUGCGUCGACGGGCGAUGUGCUCGUGGCCUGCUUGAGCCCGCUCCUCGUGACGCUGCUUUUGACGAAGAUGAGCGGCAUCCCGCUACUCGAAGCCAAGGCCGACGCCAAGUGGGGCGCGUCGCCGGCGUACCAGCACUACAAGCGCUCGACCAACGUGCUUAUUCCGUGGUUCCCGUCGUCGGCGACUGCGACCGAGAAGACACCACUCACGUCCAGCAAGUAAUGCCGUUGUCGACUGCUUCACAUCUCGGCCACGACGACUGGUGAUGGACAUUCUGUGUUUGAUAGCCAGGCGUAUUUGGCACCCCGUGUCACUAGUUAGAUAGUCUAUUCCUAUUGUACAAUAGACUUACUAUGUAUAUCAAUCAUGCUGCAACAUCGGCGCCACUCAGCAAUUUGACAAAAAUGUAUAAUGGGUUCAAAAAUGGAGGUAUAUUGAUU